AUGGGAGGAGAGAGCCAUGACUGGACUAAUGCAAAGGCAGCUCAGUUACAACAGCAGGGCAUAUGCAAUACAUGGAAACCUCACAAGGCUAUCAUCUGUUGGAGAAAUCUUGACAUUGAACGCCCAGCCUACACUAACCUAAACAGGCUGAUAGGUCAAAUUGUUUCCUCCAUCACUGCUUCCCUCAGAUUUGAUGGAGCCCUGAAUGUAGAUCUGACAGAAUUCCAGACCAACCUGAUGCCCUAUCUCUGUAUCCACUUCUUGGCCAGAUAUACCCGUGUCAUCUCUGUUGAGAAAACCUACCAUGAACAGCUUUCUGUUGCACAGAUUACCAAUGCAUGCUUUGAGCCAGUCAACCAGAUGGUGAAAUACGACCCUCGCCAUGGUAAAUACAUGUCUUGCUGCCUUUUGUACCAUGGCAACGUGGUUCCCAAAGAUGUCAAUGCUGUCACUGGCACCAUCAAGACCAAGCAUACCAUCCAGUGUGUGGGCUGGUGCCCUACUGGCUUCAAAGUUGGCAUUAAUCAUCAGCCUCCCACUGUGGUACCUGGUGGAGACCUGGGUAAAGUACAGUGGGCUGUGUGCAUGCUGAGCGACAUCACAGCUGUUGCCAAGGCCUGGGAUCACCUGGACCACAGGUAUAACCUGAUGUAUGCCAGAGUGCCUUUGUUCACUGGUGUGGGUGAGGGCAUGGAGGAAGGAGAGUUUUCUGAGGCCCGCAAGGACAUGACUGCCCUUGAGAAGGAUUAUGAGGAAGUUGGUGUGGAUUCUGUUGGAGGAGAGGGUGAAGAAGAAGAGGAAUAUUAA